AUGUCAGGAGUUGAAAAAGUUUAUGGUGGUAUCGAAGGACCUGAUGCUAUGUACGUAAAAUUAGUCAGCAGCGAUGGACAUGAAUUCAUUAUCAGAAAGGAUUUCGCAUUAACUUCCGGUACAAUUAAAUCAAUGCUUUCUGGUCCUGGCAGCUAUUCUGAAAAUGAAACAAAUGAAGUUAAUUUCAGGGAAAUUCCAUCGCAUGUAUUGCAAAAAGUGUGUCAAUAUUUCACAUAUAAGGUACGUUACACGAAUAGUACAACCGAGAUACCAGAAUUCAGCAUAGCUCCUGAAGUAGCUUUAGAGCUUUUGAUGGCAGCUAAUUUUCUCGAUUGCUGA